AUGGAGGAGGAGACGGGGGAGGAGCAGAGUGAGGAGACGGGGGAGGAGCAGAAGGAGGAGACGGGGGAGGAGCAGAAGGAGGAGACGGGGGAGGAGCAGAAGGAGGAGACGGGGGAGGAGCAGAAGGAGGAGACGGGGGAGGAGCAGAAGGAGGAGACGGGGGAGGAGCAGAAGGAGGAGACGGGGGAGGAGCAGAAGGAGGAGACGGGGGAGGAGCAGAAGGAGGAGACGGGGGAGGAGCAGAAGGAGGAGACGGGGGAGGAGCAGAAGGAGGAGACGGGGGAGGAAAGGAGGAGACGGAGGGGGGGGGAAGAAGGAGGAGACGGAGGGGGGGGGAAGAAGGAGGAGACGGGGGAGGAGCAGAAGGAGGAGACGGGGGAGGAGCAGAAGGAGGAGACGGGGGAGGAGCAGAAGGAGGAGACGGGGGAGGAGCAGGAGGAGGAGACGGGGGAGGAGCAGGAGGAGGAGACGGGGGAGGAGCAGAAGGAGGAGACGGGGGAGGAGCAGAAGGAGGAGACGGGGGAGGAGCAGAAGGAGGAGACGGGGGAGGAGCAGAAGGAGGAGACGGGGGAGGAGCAGAAGGAGGAGACGGGGGAGGAGCAGAAGGAGGAGACGGGGGAGGAGCAGAAGGAGGAGACGGGGGAGGAGCAGAAGGAGGAGACGGGGGAGGAGCAGAAGGAGGAGACGGGGGAAGAGCAGAAGGAGGAGACGGGGGAAGAGCAGGAGGAGGAGACGGGGGAAGAGCAGGAGGAGGAGACGGGGGAAGAGCAGAAGGAGGAGACGGGGGAAGAGCAGAAGGAGGAGACGGAGGAGCAGAAGGAGACAGAGAUGGUCGUCCGAUGGUGGGAACAGCCUUCCAGUGGUGGGAACAGCCUUCCAGUGGUGGGAACAGCCUUCCAGUGGUGGGAACAGCCUUCCAGUGGUGGGAACAGCCUUCCAGUGGUGGGAACAGCCUUCCAGUGGUGGGAACAGCCUUCCAGUGGUGGGAACAGAGUUCCAGUGGUGGGAACAGAGUUCCAGUGGUGUGAACAGCCUUCCAGUGGUGGGAACAGCCUUCCAGUGGUGGGAACAGCCUUCCAAUGGUGGGAACAGCCUUCCAAUGGUGGGAACAGCCUUCCAAUGGUGGGAACAGCCUUCCAAUGGUGGGAACAGCCUUCCAAUGGUGGGAACAGCCUUCCAAUGGCCCACCUGGAAGAUGAGUCGGCUGCCAAGGACAACCAACAGAACCAGCAUAGCUGCUCAGAUGUCAACAUACCUGGAAUACAGCACAAUUUAAACUAA